AUGGGCGCCACCUGGAGCGUGUGGCAGCUUCCUUACGGAUGGCUGGCGGCAGGCACCCUUGGCUCUGGGGGGUGGGCCUUGAAGGACGCGAAGGCGCAGGGGCUGUUGCGGGUCCAGCCCGCCCUCCAACGCCGAGCUCCCCCUCUGCUCCCCGGGGCUCCCCAGGGCCCUGGAAGAGCCGAGCCGCCCCACGUGGGCUGCCGGGGUGCGGCUGAUGUGGACUGUGUGGCCUCUGGCAGGUCUGAGAUGCACAGCAAGCCCGUCUCGCAGCGCUUCGGGCUGAUGCUGGAGGCCUUCUGCCGCGGGUGUGGCAUGUACCUCAAGCACCUGAACCGGCAGGUGGAGGCCAUGGAGAAGCUCAUCAACCUCACGGACAUCCUGAAGCAGGAGAAAAAGGACGAGACGCAGAAGAUGCAGAUGAAGUUCCUGGUGGAACAGAUGAGGAGGCCGGAUUACAUGGAAGCCCUCCAGGGCUUUAUCUGCCCGCUCAACCCAGUGCACCAGCUGGGGAACCUGCGACUGGAUGCGUGCCGGAUCAUGUCUUCCGCCAAGCGCCCGCUGUGGCUGAACUGGGAGAACCCCGACAUCAUGUCCGAGCUGCUUUUCACAAACCACGAGAUCAUAUUCAAAAACGGAGACGACCUCCGCCAAGAUAUGCUGACGCUGCAGAUCAUCCGGAUAAUGGAGAGCAUGUGGCAGAACCAAGGACUGGACCUCCGGAUGCUGCCCUACGGCUGCCUGUCCAUCGGGGACUGCGUGGGCCUCAUCGAGGUGGUCAAGAGCUCGCACACCAUCAUGCAGAUCCAGUGCAAGGGGGGGCUGAAGGGGGCGCUGCAGUUCAACAGCAACGCCCUGCACCACUGGCUGAAGGACAAGAACAAGGGCGAGGGGUACGACGCGGCCAUCGACCUCUUCACGCGCUCCUGCGCAGGCUAUUGCGUCGCCACCUUCAUCCUGGGCAUCGGGGACCGGCACAACAGCAACAUCAUGGUCAAGGACGACGGGCAGCUGUUCCACAUCGACUUCGGGCAUUUUCUGGACCACAAGAAGAAGAAAUUUGGCUACAAGCGCGAACGGGUGCCCUUCGUCCUCACGCAGGACUUUCUGAUUGUCAUCAGCAAAGGGGUGCAGGAAUGUACCAAGACCAAAGAGUUCGAAAGGUUCCAGGAGAUGUGCUACAAGGCCUACCUGGCCAUCCGCCAGCACGCCAACCUGCUGAUCAACCUCUUCUCCAUGAUGCUGGGGUCGGGCAUGCCGGAGCUGCAGUCCUUCGACGACGUGGCCUACCUGCGCAAGACGCUGGCGCUGGACAAGUCCGAGCAGGAGGCGCUCGAGUACUUCACCAAGCAGAUGAACGAGGCCCACCACGGCGGCUGGACCACCAAGAUGGACUGGAUCUUCCACACCAUCCGCCACAUGCCCCUGAGCGAGGCCAGCCACGACUGAGGGGCGCAGGGGGCCGGGGCGACGAGGGCACGACCGGCCCGCCCGCCCGCGGGAGGAGAGCGUGGGGCGGCCCCGUCCCGGCAGCGAGGGCGGCAGCCCGCACGGCCCCAGGCCGC